CGCACCACGCCCCCGUCAGUUCAUAUACACACCCUCGCCCUCUCACCCAGUCUAUUUUCUUCUUCCGCUCCGAACCUAAACCUCCCCUCGAUAGCAUCUCGGAAAGUUUGAUCGAGGCCCAGUCUCUUUCUGACACGUACCGAGUGCAUACCUCUUGGGGGAUCAUCAGCACGUACCGCUUGUGCAUCUUUCUGUUCUAUCCCACUUCUUUCACAUUAUCUCCCCCCCCUCCCCUCGUCUGGCCGAGUUUGGUUGCAUUCGGUGCUAUACGGCAAAAUAAUCCUACGGUAGCAUACGGUACGGCGCGGGUACUGCUCAUUCUUUGGCUUGAUCCAUUGUCUGCUUGUUUUAUUGCUAGCUCGCUCCCCGUGCGUUGCCUGUUCAGCGACCCGUUCACUGCUGCCCCUCUCUAACCGGUGGAGCCUUCCUGCCUGACCAGAGGAAUCCCGCCACACUCUCUGCCUGUGUACGGUAUUUUUCCUGGUUCCUCGCCGCUUCUUGCCCCCCUUCGCGCCCACCUACACCCUCCCCUCAUCCUCCGAGUCACUUCGCUGGCCUCCCGCCAUUAUGCCCACCCUUCCAUCUUUCCUCUCCAAGCACAAUCGCACAUCCGCUACUCCCACUCCUCCUCCUUCCUCUGCUUCCCCUCGCCCUACCAUCUCUGGACCUCUCCAGCAGGCCUAUUCUUCCUUGAGCCGCCACUCAAGCCACGGAGGCGCCACCGUCCAGCUUGUCCCUUCAGAUAGUAGAUCUGCGGCUGAACAGCAAGAAGCCAACAACCCCUCCUCUUCUUCCUCGCUAUCCUCCUAUAACCCUUCCUCUCGAAAACCUCUCGAAAAUAACAACGCCGCUGGCAACAAUAAUAAUCCCGGAGGUUCUAAUCACGGGAGUCGCUUGCCUGCCGGUCUCUCCCGACGACUAUCCCGUCAUCAGUCCACUCCACCAUCCUUUCCGCAACAGCAAAAACAACAAACCGAGUCCGACCAUUUAGAUCCUUAUUUGCAACAAUCACCGCAUUCCCCCGGGCCACCCCCUCAUUCCCCGGGUAGACCCCAGUCUAUGCUAGCUCCUCCACAGGAGAGCGAAGGAGAGCAUUACUCCGUUAAGCGUGCCGAUACCGACCCAGCUCAACAGCAAUACUCUCAGCAUCCGCACCCGCAGCGUCAGGAUAGCUUUCAAAACCCUGCUAAUCUUCAAGUCCAACUUCAGCAGCAACAGCAAUCACAAGGUAAUCACGCAAUGGCCAAUCAGGCUCAUAACCAACCCCGCCGAUCUAUGGAACAGUCUAACCAAGUUGGGCCAUCUCGUGAAGCAUCUGCGUUAUCUCAAAUGAAUGUUUACGCUUCAAGCGGGAGGGGUAACCCCAACCAGCAGGAUUAUCAAAUUCAAGCUGGAGGCGGCACCGGGGGGAACCAGCCCCUAGCUUAUGAUCCAGCUAAGUACGAAGGACAGCCGAUGGGGAGGAUGACACCUGAAAACAGAGCCGAGUCACGAUCCGGAUCAGCUCCGGAAGCUAUCAAUGUCCCGCAGUUACUGCAGGAUCAUGAGACUUUGACGGCCAAAUACCGCAAGGUUAAGAAUCUGUAUUUCGAGAGCAAGUCCGAGAUCGAGCGCCUGCAGAACACUCUUGCACAUCAACGUAUUUCCCAGUCCCGUACCUCCCUUGAUGACAAUGAAUACGCCAAUCGGUUUGAUCGCCUUGAUGGUGCGAUCAAGAAUGUGGCCUUCGAGAUUCGGCAGUCUUGGAAGGCAAUUCCCUCCUGGCUUGGAGGUGUCAUAAAUUCCGGUGCAGAAGUUAAGGGGGGUCGGGAAAUGACGGUUGUCGGCAGGGCUUGUAUCUCUAAAUGGGUUGUUGACGAAAUCCUGGAGAAGUUUUUUCAUCCUGCAUUGGAUGCUAAUCUAAGUGCCCAACUCAAGAUGGUUGAGCAUGGCAUUAGAAUCAAUGCUCCACCGCUGCAGUCAAUUGAGGAUGACGAUGCCCUUAGCGCUAAAGUGUGCAAUUGGAGACUUACGACACUUGACGGGCUACGAGAUAGUAUACAUGGCCCCCACGCGAUGGAGUACCGGCAGCGUUUGUCGGAACAUCUUGUGAAGCAGCUGGCCGAGAGCUUACAGAUGCAUCUUCACGAACCUUCUCCUCCUGGGCUAUUAGGAGGCAUCCAGAUGAUUGUCGACAUCGCCGUGGGCCUUGGCGCCAACCUUCCUCUGGAAUCUAGAGAUGUGAGGGUAUGGUACCCUCUUCCGGGUGAACGAUUCGAUAGCAAAUUCAUGAGGGGAGAGGUUGGAUUACCACCCCUCGUAACCCCCACCAGAGGACUAGAAGGAGAAGGAGAGAAAUUGCAAUUGGAUACAAACCAGCAAAGUCACAUCAUGGAGAGCUGUGAGACAUCACCGCUACCACCCCCGGCGCCGGCAAAAGACGACAAACCUUUGCCUGCGGGCAAAGCUGGUAUCGGGGCAUUGCCACCUCCAACAGGAGCAAUGCAGAAUAAGGAAGGUGCUGGAAAGAAGCUUGCGGGCCUCAACAGAGUCAAGAAAGCAUUCCAAGGGACCGCUCACCAGCCUACGAGCCCGAAUCUUUCUCCCUCGACUGGACAGCAGGGUCUGCAACAUAACGGUAAUUCUGGAAGCCAGGCGUCGCUCUCCCAACAACAGCAACCACAACCCGCCCAAGACCCUACUGCACCAAAAGACGGCGAUAGAGUUCGACUGGCUGGUUUCAUGGCCUGUGAGGUCCGUGGGAAGCUUAUCCUUGUCAAGGCACCAGUCUGGCUUUGAUUCGGUUUAUUAUUUUAUUAUUUUUUUGUUGGGAAAAGGGAGGAUUUUUAACUUUAAUGUGCUGUGAGCGUGUUGAGUUUUUUGUUCCUCUAGCUUGGAGACUUUGUUUCUUUUGCUCUUUUUCUGUUUAUACCUCUCGAUUUGGCUGGAUUGAGAUAUCGCGAUGAGUUUGAUGAAGGGUGGGUUGGGGUGCAUUCUUGUGUUUAUUCAUCAGUGCAAAGAUGGGAUACUUGGGAUUUGGGGCUUCUUUUUCUUUUCUUUCUGCCUCUUCGAAUUCCAUCUCCUUAUGAGCGCAAAAGUGACAUAGAUGAUAUGUGUUUGGGUUAUUGUGCCGGUGUUGUACUCGAGUAUUGCUGGUAUCAUAGGAACGUGUAGUUUUUACGGGGCUCGUGGUGAGGGUGGAGGAUCGGAGCACACAGGAUUCGGUAUUUCUUUCCACUCGCCAAUAUAUGUCGACUCAGAUGCUCUA